AUGAAAGAUCUUUCGGAGGCGUUAGAUGAGGCUAAUAUGAAGAGGCAAGAAGGGAUAAUGGUAAAAAACCCCACGAGUAAUUAUAUUCUCAACGAACGAACUGAUGAUUGCAUCAAGGUUAAAUUGGAUUACCUGGAUACGCUCGGAGAUAGUUUGGAUUUACUGAUAAUCGGGGCGGAUUAUGGUGUCGGAAAGCGGUCGAACGCGUUUGGAAGUUUUAUGUGCGGGUUGAGGGACAGCAAUGCGCCUGAAGGAAAACCGAGAUUCUUGUCAUUUUGUCGAUUUGGCACGGGUUUCUCGAUGAAGGAAAACGAACAACUGAGAAAUCUCGAGGGAUGGACACGCCUCGAUCCUAAAAAAAUACCCGAUUGGCUUGUGGUUACUUUUUGCUUUGGGGCAUUAUCGGCCGUUAAACUUAAUAAAACGUCCUUUUAUCGAAUUCUCAAAAGGUCGGUUGUAGUUCAAGUGAAAGCGGCGGAGAUAGUGCCUGCAAUCGUUAAAGAUUACAACAAAACAGAUUUGGAACGCAUGAUCAAGGAGCACGGUGGAAAGUUUUUCCAACAUCCCGACGCAUCACCAAACAUUCGCAUUAUAGCGGAUUCGUUAAAACCUACUAAGCAAGAGUUUAUCAAGAGGAUGGAUAGACAUGGCGAUAGUUACACGGAUCCUGUCGAUGCUGAUUCUUUGAAAGAGAUUUUCGAGAUGAUUUCUGUCGAUGAAGGAACCCCCGAGACUGAAAACGAAAAAGAAAGAAAACGCCGACAGUUGAACGACGACAUUGAAAGGCGAUACUUCAAAGGCGAAGGGUUACCAACUGGUCUGUUUAGACAUCACGUGGUGCACAUCGACUACCCGCCUCCGAGAGAUGAGAAUGACAUCGAUGAUCUAUGGGCUCUGCAGGAGGGAUGUCGUGAUAGGCUGAAGCUCGUUGAAUCUAUCCUUCGAUAUCACGAUGCUCAAAUUGCAACCGAUCCCUACUCAAAUAAGAUCACACAUGUGAUCUUUGAUGAGAAAGAUCUGAGCCGUAUAUCUGUUCCGAUAUUAGAAUUCUCUCACGUAUUUGAGCGCACCCUAGGACAAGACUCGGAUAUAGUUGGGAAAGAGUUGUACAGUUUUUUAGAUAAGGACGGUCACCUCACUUUAAGACCCGAAGGGACGGCGGGUGAGCACGUACUAUUACCACGGACCCAUGUUUCGACACGAGAGGCCUCAAAAAGGAAGGUUAAGGCAGGUGAAAAUCUUUGCAAAUUUUCCCAUAAUGCAGCGAUCUUGGUGUCGCUGUUUGAGCAAUUUGGAAUCGAGAUGUUUGGUCAUGAGGGUCCUACUUCGGACAUUGAGGUAAUCGAUAUGGCCUGGUCAUUUUUGAAUAAAAUCGGAAUAACUGGAGCUAUAGAGCUCGAAAUUAACUCCUUGGGUGAUGUCGAAUCGCGCAUGCGUUAUAGAGAUGUGAUAAGAGACUAUUUGCGUCAUAAUGAAGUCCGGCUAUCUGAAGAGAGCGUGAAAAGGAUAUCAACGAAUCCGUUACGUGUCUUGGACUCAAAAAAUAGUAAAGAUGCGUUAGUUAUUCAGAAUUGUCCUUUAAUCACAGAAUAUUAUAGCUCAAAAUCUGCCGAGAGUUUUGAAGUUGUAUGCCAAGGACUUCAAAGGUUAGGCAUACCCUAUAAAAUCAAUCCUCGACUUGUCAGGGGUUUGGAUUAUUACGAGAACACUAUAUUUGAGUUCAAGUGUGACCAUGCUAGCCUAGGAACCUCCCAAGGAACCAUACUAGCUGGCGGCAGAUACGAUGGUCUCGUACAUUUAAUGGGUGGAAAGGAGAGAGUCCCCGGAAUAGGGUAUGACACUUUGGUGUAUAUAAAUCCAUACACGGUUUUUCUCAAGUUAAUUGACCCUUUACACGACAGGUGGGCCGCGGGCAUCGAUAGGUUGGCUCUAAUACUAGACGAAAGUUUCGUGCCGCUGCAAGAACGGCCGGUCGCAGUAAUAGUAAUACCGAAUCGAGAUGAACCGUCCUCUGACGACUUUAAUGAAAAACACAACAAGCUUGACUAUCACGGCCUUAGCAUAUCUAGAUCAUUGCGUUUACACAAUAUAAAGACACUGUUUUAUCACGAGCCACAAAGCGCUCGCAAGUCAAAUUUGAAAGCCGCCUUGGGUUAUAUAUUGAAGGCAGGUGCAUCACAUGCAAUACUCAUUGGAGAGGAUGAGGUGGAAAGAGGGGAAGUUCUGGUGAAAUACCUGGAUUCGAAAAUCCAAAAGGGUGUUAAAAUCGAAAACGUCGUGAACGCAAUCACAGAAUCUAAAAAAGAAGGCAAACAAGGAUUUUGA